CGGACAUCAUGAUCCCCAGGAGCCGGAGCCUGAACUUUGUUAUUCUGACAGCGCUUCAGGCUUUAACUGUCUCUCUGUCGGUGCGUGGCAGCGUGAUCUCCACAUCUGCUGAAGGGAAAAAUCUGAGUACGACUGAUCUACACACACCGACAGCAAAGCAGAAACACUAUGGGACCACAGUACCUCUCCUGCUCGAUGGACAAGACUGGAAACCACUCAGCCAACUUAAGCCUCAGAGUCACCCUGCAUCACUGAAGCUCCUGAUUGAAGCGGAAGGUGAGCAGCUGCUCUUGGCUCUGGAGAAAAACAAGGGGCUAUUUGCAAGUAACUACACAGAAACCCAUUACCUGGAGGAUGGCAGUGCGGUCACGGGCUCUCACAACUUCACGGCAAACUGCUACUACCACGGUGAGGUGGAGGGUCACGUAAACUCAGACGUCAGCCUCAGUACCUGUGCUGGGAUUAAGGGUUUCAUAUCUCUUGAAGACAAAUCCUAUGUACUGGAACCAUCAGCCGAUCACAGUGAUGGUACUCACUGGAUCUACUCAGCCAAACAUCUCAGUUUUGCCCCUGGCACCUGUGGCCACGACUUCAACAUAUCUUUUCCAACUGACCCAGCAGACAACAACAGUCCAUUCAGGUCUUUCGGCACAAGGCACAAACGCAAUGCCCAGACGACGACCAAGUAUGUGGAGCUGAUCAUUGUGGCUGAUAACAGAGAGUUUCAGAAGCAAGGCAAGGACAUGGAGAGGGUCAAGCAGCGGCUGGCUGAGAUCACCAAUUACGUGGACAAGUUCUACAGGUCUUUGAAUAUCCGAGUGGCUCUGGUUGGCUUGGAGGUGUGGAGUGACGUGGACAAGUGUCCUGUCAGCCAGGACCCUUUCACCACCUUGCACGAGUUCUUAGACUGGAGGAAGGUCAAGCUGCUGCCUCAGAAGCCACAUGACAAUGCCCAACUGAUCAGUGGGGUGUAUUUCCAGGGCACCACCAUUGGUAUGGCACCCAUCAUGAGUAUGUGCACCGCUGACCAAUCUGGAGGAAUAGUCAUGGACCAUUCGGACAACCCCCUGGGUGCCGCAGUUACACUGGCCCAUGAGCUCGGACACAACUUUGGAAUGAACCACGACACGCCAGAACGAGGGUGUGGCUGCAGGGUGACAGUGGAUCGAGGUGGCUGCAUUAUGACUCCCUCCACUGGGUAUCCGUUCCCAACCGUGUUCAGCAGCUGCAGCAAGAAGGACCUGACGGCCAGUUUUGACAAAGGCGUCGGGAUGUGUCUCUUCAACAUGCCUGAGGUCAAAGUGCUCUACGGUGGCCAGAAAUGUGGCAAUGGCUACGUGGAGGAGGGAGAGGAGUGUGACUGUGGCGAACUUGAGGAAUGUAUGAAUCCCUGCUGCAACGCUACCACGUGCACUCUAAAGGGGGAUGCUGUCUGUGCACAUGGACAAUGCUGCCAGGACUGUCAGCUGAAGCCGGCGGGCACGCCAUGCCGUGACUCGAGUAACUCGUGUGACCUGCCAGAGUUCUGCAAUGGCACCAGCCCUCACUGUCCCGCCAAUGUCUACCUGCACGACGGCCACGCCUGCCACGGCGUGGACGGCUACUGUUACAACGGCAUCUGCCAGACCCACGAGCAGCAGUGUAUCACACUGUGGGGACAAGGAGCCAAGCCAGCUCCAGGAAUCUGCUUUGAAAAGGUCAACUCAGCUGGUGACCCUUAUGGCAACUGUGGCAAGGACUCCAAAGGCUCCUUUGCCAAAUGUGAAGCACGGGAUGCUAAAUGUGGCAAAAUCCAGUGUCAAGGAGGAGCUAGCCGCCCAGUAAUUGGCACCAAUGCGGUUUCCAUAGAAACAAACAUACCCCUGAAGGAAGGGGGAAGGAUACUGUGCCGAGGUACACACGUGUACUUGGGCGAUGACAUGCCCGACCCCGGCCUGGUGCUGACGGGCACCAAGUGUGGAGAGGAAAUGAUGUGUCUCAAUCGCCAGUGCCGGAACGUCAGUGUUUUCGGUGUGCACGACUGUUCGGCGAAGUGCAGCGGACGCGGGGUGUGCAACAACAACAAAAACUGUCACUGUGAGGCUCACUGGGCGCCUCCCUUUUGUGACAAGACAGGUUUUGGAGGGAGUGUGGACAGCGGCCCCGUCAGAUUAACAGGCAGUGGGAUCCUGACAGUGGGCAUCCUGGUGGCUCUCCUCACUGUCCUGGGGGCUGCUCUGAUCAUCUGCAUUAAGAGAAAGAAUCUUCUGGGUCUGCUCCUCACCACUAAAAAGAACCCAAUCGAGAAACUAAGAUCAGUAAGUGCAGCUGUCAGUGGACCAUCCACUCCUAACCAGCCUUCAUCAGUGAGAGCAACUUCUGUGUCUGGACCGGCUCCGCCUCCACCACACAGAGCCACCAUCUUUAAGCCUCCUCAUCGAGGGCCAGAGGCGGUGCACCCACCAGCAUCCUACCCCUCCCACAGCCUGCGCAGACUGCCCCAGUGCCCUCCGGUUCACCUCAGCCACCCCGUCCCGCUCUCUCUCUCCGUGUCCCUGUCUCCCUGUCCUGGCCAACUGAGACCGCUGGUGCCUCCGCCUCACCGAAGUCCUCCACCACAUAACCAUGUCACGCCCAGGGGGGCAUCGUUUCGCAGUGCACCACACCAAACCUCUUGCAGGAUGGUCAUGGAGUUGGAGAAGCCCAGUCCUCCUCAAAAGCCCCUUCCUGCUGAUCCAAGAACUUCUCGUCUGGUUCGAAGUCCAACUGUAAUGAAGGGCCACACCGUCGUCCAAGGGCCUUCUGCUGUUUGUGGCCCAACACCAAAACCUUGUGUACCUAGACCUGUUCGACCUACCCCACACCCCAACAGACCCAGUCCCAAAAAACCUCCAGCACUACCAAAGCCUUGCAAAAUUGCCAACGUCAAAUACAGCAGCUGAGACUUUGGCCAAAGGGGACAUUGUUGUAAUUGAGACACUAAAGAUAUUGCACUAUACAAAAGCUCUGAAAACCUUACAAAAAACAAACGUAUGGUGGUGUCCCUGAACUUUUGAAUCAGGAGGCCUGCCGUGUCCCUUUGGUGCUCUGUCUCUGAAUGGUGCUACGAGUCUGAGCUCAGGUACAUGUAAAGUAUUUAUAUUCUGUAUUUAUUGCCACGCAGUGCACUGUGCCAGACACUUUUUACUACAUGAAGUGAUGUAGAAGUUUUACAUUUGUUGUUUGAAACUAUUUCACUUUUCUUUUUCUUUUUUUUUUGCCAUGUCAACUUAUCUUUAUGAAGGAGAGUGACUGGAGACGAUGUGUGAGAAUGUGUUUGCCAAAAUGUCGGUACCACUUUCAACAAUAAUACCUUUUAUAGACGGUUUACAAAUUGAUUAUUAACACUUAAUGAAUAAUUAAUAAAGAACUAAAGAACAGACAGAUUUCACUCCUUGAUACAGUCUCACUAUUUGGCAAGAUCAUGUGGCUGCUUACCACAUAAUUAAUCUUAGAAAUGUUUACUAAUUAUAAAUGGUUAAACAUAUGAGCUCACUAUUUGGCAUGCAACAAAUAAUCACUGUUGCCCUUUUUAUCCAAUGUGUUAUGAAUCUUAUUCAUUAUUUAUAAGAGUUAACAACCUAGGAACAAAUCCAAUUAUAUACAUUCUUCUUCUGUGGUGUUUUGUGGCAGUUGACAUCCAUAACACUACUUAGUUGCCUCCGUCUUCUCUUCCCUUCAACUUGCUUUUUCUUUCUCUGUCCUAUGUGACCAUUAUUCUUUCAUGUUUUAUGAUGGUUGACAUCUGUAAUGUCGCAGUACCGCCUCUCCCUCACCUCUUUCCUUUCCUUCGCACACCUCAGCUAUAUCCAAUUAUAUACCACUUAUACAUUCUCUAUAAGGGUAGUCUUGUUAUCAUGUGGGCCUGACAUGUUUCUGUGGAGGAGAAGAAGGGAAACCUUUCCAUGAGUGACUGUGUCAUGACAGAUGAGAACAGAGGAGAGUCCAGGAGUUACACCUCUUGUUCAUUUGCAGAUCUUCAUUUUUUUUCAAUUGAAGCUGUGUGUAGUCUAGAUACAACCACUGAAAAAGAAAAACACCCUGUAGUAGUGGUAGUAUUAGUAUUAUUAUUACUAUUAUUAUUGUUAUUGAAUGGUUGUUUGUCUCUAUAUGUGUCCCUGUGAUGGACUGGCAAUCUGUCCAGGGUGUACCCCGCCUUUCGCCCUAUGUCAGCUGGGAUUGGCACAGCACCCCCGCGACCCUCAUGUGGAGGAUAAAGCGGUAGAAAAUGUAUGGAUGGAUUAUUAUUAUUAUUGUUAUUAUUUUUAUUAUUGUUAUUACUAUAGCAGCUCUGCAAUGUGACUGUGUAGGAAUCGGAGAGCCUGGAAAUGUAGCUGCCAUGCAGGUCUGCUCCUUCUUCAUUAAUAUUGUAGAAAGGUGACAAGUGGGAUUGUGAAAUGUCACUGAUCUGCCAUGUCCUUUGCAUUAACAAGAACCAAGAAGCCCACCUGAGGGUUCUGGGUACCGGGGUAUGAACUGAACAUGGAUCUAAAAUGAGCCGAGAUCAAGCAAGCGUUUGUACCCCAGAGAGAGUAAACUGCUCCGAGGCGUUGGAAGUUCACGUGCGUUGGAAAUGUCCCUUUCUGUUUGUCUGCGUGCCUCGAGGAUUGGAUCAUGGAACCACUGAAGGACUGUGUCAAAGCUGUGGCCAUCUUUAUGUCACUGAGGCACUGGUAUGUAACACCACACUGGGUGUCUGGCUCCAAAGGUUUUUCAAUUUUUGAUGAUGGGGAAAGGACAGAAUCACUCAGCAAGGACACACUGCAGAUCUUUCUGCCACUGAUAUUGUUCAGUCCAUCUGAAUCAUCCACUGCGGUUUUUAUGUCUCUAGCUAUAGGGAUUACUUUGUUUUUUUGUUUUUUGUUUUAUUUACAUCUUUGAGACAUAAAUCAGAUGUGGCAAUGGAACUGAAUUUUUUUUCAGAUUUAUUGUUUUACUGGAUUGCAAUGCAGCAUAUUCACAAUGAGCAAUGUUUCCUUUAAGCACUGCUUUUUAUAAACACAUCAGCUGACAUGGACUACACUUUGAUUGUGUGUUAACAUUUUGAUACUGUUUUAUUUUAAUCAGUUUUACAUUCAGUUCUUUGUGUCCAGACUGCAUUUGAGUCUGUACAGUACGUCCGUAAAUUAUGUUCCUUGUAUGUUUUACAGGUGGACACGUUUUCAUAGAAUGGAAUGCUUUUUUCUAAUGGCAACAGUUUGAUACCAUUAUAUGUAAAGAAAACACUUCAUGUGUCAGUGUCUGAUCAUGGUAUUUUGAACACUCCAACAGUAUUAGUAAAAAUUGUUUUUCAAACACA